AUUCAGUAGCAGCUUUAUAAUUUUACAUCAAAAAGCAAAAAGUUUUUACAGGAUGUUCCUUUCUGUAAUUCUGGUUCUGUGUUGCAUUUCUAUGAUCGAGUCAAACUCAUGUGAUAUAUCCAAAGAGAAAUCAACGAUAUAUAGCAUGCUUCAGUCCAUAGAAAAAAAGAUGAAAGAAAAGUGUUCUGCCAACUCAGGGAAUUGUCCAGCCGGUUGGAAAAAAUACAAGGAUCACUGCUACUUUUUUUCACCGGACACAAAAAUAUGGCAUUAUGCUGCAAAACAAUGUAACAAUAUGGGAGGCUACCUUGUAAAGAUUGAAGACUCAGCAGAAAACUCGUGGGUUGUUAGCAAGCUUUAUGAAUCGGUUAAGCACAACUAUGGCUCUUGGAUAGGAAUGGCAGACUUUAAGAAAGAAGGAGACUGGAGAUGGGUUCAUGACUCUGACAAGGUUCGUUAUUCCCAGUGGUAUCCAGGCGAACCAAACAAUAAUGGGAGAAAUGAAGACUGUGGUCUAUUGAUGACAGUCUUUAAGUAUAAAUGGAAUGAUGUACGAUGCAACCUUGAUAACACAGGGUACAUCUGUGAGUGUUCACAUGGACCGAACUGCCGUCCCUUCAAUGGAUGAGAGAGGAACAAUCAGCCACUAGAAGACAGAUAUAUUGUUCACUUCAUUAAAGAAAUCUAAACAGAAAGAA